UCUCUUCGUAUGGAGCUCCAGCAGUAUCUUCUUCGCACUGUGGGUACUGAUCUAGCCAACGCAACGUUGUCUUGUGCAUCAGGCACAGAAAAUGCUGCUCGAUUGAAAGAAAAGCAACGCGAAGAGACUAUUGCUUCUUUGCCCUCUGGUCUUCGUGAUGCAAUGACUUCUUUGUUUGCCUCAUUAAGAGGAGAUAACCUUGACGCCUUCCAUUCGGCCAUAUUUGAUCUUUCCUCCCCUCGAGCGUUGUCGCUUGCAUUAAGGCGGCCUGAUUCUAAAACUAGAAUCGAAAUACAAGAGAAUUACACAGCUGAACUUAAGGAGCAAGUUCUGUCCCACUCUGAACCAGCCGCAGUGCUAUUGUCUUGUGUUUUGUAUCUACUAGCAAAAAGUGGAAAACCAGUGACUGCUAGUGGACGGUUUGUCGCUCACCUUGUGCCUCAGCUAGAUGGCGUCGUGGAUCAGGUAUCUUUGAUUUUUUUCUAUAUGUUGCAACAUACGAGGUGA